UUUAAUGAAUAGAAUCAACUUGAACACUCUUCAAAAGAAGGUAUCUAGAAAUCAUAAUUAAGAUAAUUCCAGUUAUAAAGGAUGGACUCAAUACAGUAAUCUAAACUCCAAGUGGAACUGGUAAAACAUUAUGUUACACAAUUCCUAUUAUUGAGUAGAAGAAAUCUAUUGUUCUAACUCCAACAAAAGAGCUAGCAAUAUAAACAUAUAAGUAAAUAAGAGAAUUGGAUUCAUAAAUCAGAAUUACCAGAAUUGGCUCUAUAGGAUUUAUUGCACCUAUUGUUGAAUUGAUUGUAAUAUUAUUAAUUAAGAAAGAGCGAUUAAGAAGAAAGAAAAUUAUAGUCUUAUCAUAAAAUGAGAUUGUAGAGAAUGAAUGAUUCUUUGAGAAACUUAUUAGAUUGGAAUUUGAUUGAUAUUUGCAUAUCAACUCCUGCCUAAUUAGCUUAAUUAAUUAAAAUGGGUUGCAAAAUUUAAAAUGCUAAUUGCUUAGUCAUUGAUGAAGCAGAUUUAACUUGGGGGUAAUCAAUAUUAUAUAUUAAAUUAUAGAGAUGUAAGUUUUAGAGAAAGUGUUUAUACUAUAUAAAGAUAUUUGAAUAUCAAUUAAUUUAUUCUUUGUACUUCCGUAAAUAAUAUCAAAGUGGAAAAAGAAUUAAAAUCUGUAGAUAGCAGCAAAUUUACAUUCUAUAUUUCUAAAGACUAUAUGUCAAUACCAUAAAGGAAUAUAGAAUUUAUGGUGGAGCCACUUAAAAAAUAUUUAGAAGACAAUAAAACAAUAAUAUUUGUAGAAGGAGAAUAAUAAUGUUAAGAACUUUAAAAAGAAUUCGGAUUUAAUCUCUUUUUCCAUUCAGGAUAGUCAGUUGAAGAGAGAAUUCGCAAUUUAGAGUAGUUCAGAACAAAAAGUUCUAAGUAAUUAAAUUGAAUAUAUAAGUGUUUUAGUUUGUACAGGUUUAGGAAGUAGAGGAUUAGAUUUUCCUGAUGUAACUUAAGUGAUUAUUUAUGAUAUUCCAAAAAAUUAUGAGGCAUUUUUACUUUAAUGUGGAAGAUUAAGAUAAAAAAAUGGAAGAAGUAAUAAGGAUAAUAAAUAUUUAGUUGUUGUUAGAUUGAAAGAUUCAUUUGAUUCAGCUGUCUAUAGUGAGUAUGAGANUAAUUUAUACUUUAAACAUUUUUUAAUGAAUAGAAUCAACUUGAACACUCUUCAAAAGAAGGUAUCUAGAAAUCAUAAUUAAGAUAAUUCCAGUUAUAAAGGAUGGACUCAAUACAGUAAUCUAAACUCCAAGUGGAACUGGUAAAACAUUAUGUUACACAAUUCCUAUUAUUGAGUAGAAGAAAUCUAUUGUUCUAACUCCAACAAAAGAGCUAGCAAUAUAAACAUAUAAGUAAAUAAGAGAAUUGGAUUCAUAAAUCAGAAUUACCAGAAUUGGCUCUAUAGGAUUUAUUGCACCUAUUGUUGAAUUGAUUGUAAUAUUAUUAAUUAAGAAAGAGCGAUUAAGAAGAAAGAAAAUUAUAGUCUUAUCAUAAAAUGAGAUUGUAGAGAAUGAAUGAUUCUUUGAGAAACUUAUUAGAUUGGAAUUUGAUUGAUAUUUGCAUAUCAACUCCUGCCUAAUUAGCUUAAUUAAUUAAAAUGGGUUGCAAAAUUUAAAAUGCUAAUUGCUUAGUCAUUGAUGAAGCAGAUUUAACUUGGGGGUAAUCAAUAUUAUAUAUUAAAUUAUAGAGAUGUAAGUUUUAGAGAAAGUGUUUAUACUAUAUAAAGAUAUUUGAAUAUCAAUUAAUUUAUUCUUUGUACUUCCGUAAAUAAUAUCAAAGUGGAAAAAGAAUUAAAAUCUGUAGAUAGCAGCAAAUUUACAUUCUAUAUUUCUAAAGACUAUAUGUCAAUACCAUAAAGGAAUAUAGAAUUUAUGGUGGAGCCACUUAAAAAAUAUUUAGAAGACAAUAAAACAAUAAUAUUUGUAGAAGGAGAAUAAUAAUGUUAAGAACUUUAAAAAGAAUUCGGAUUUAAUCUCUUUUUCCAUUCAGGAUAGUCAGUUGAAGAGAGAAUUCGCAAUUUAGAGUAGUUCAGAACAAAAAGUUCUAAGUAAUUAAAUUGAAUAUAUAAGUGUUUUAGUUUGUACAGGUUUAGGAAGUAGAGGAUUAGAUUUUCCUGAUGUAACUUAAGUGAUUAUUUAUGAUAUUCCAAAAAAUUAUGAGGCAUUUUUACUUUAAUGUGGAAGAUUAAGAUAAAAAAAUGGAAGAAGUAAUAAGGAUAAUAAAUAUUUAGUUGUUGUUAGAUUGAAAGAUUCAUUUGAUUCAGCUGUCUAUAGUGAGUAUGAGAAAUAUUAGUAUGUUUUCCCAAACAAUUGUGUAAAAUUGUGAAUAAUGAGUGCUAG